AAGAAGAAAAGCCGUUCCGCUUUCUUCCGGUCUGGACUUUCUUUCGCUUUUCUUUUGGUGAUUCUUGUUUUUCUUUGACGUUCAGUGGUCGCGUCGAGCAACCUUGAAAAUGUCAGCAGACUCGGCGAGACUCUCCAAAAACGUUCUGCGAAUGAAGUUCAUGCAGAGAGGUUUGGAUGCCGAGACGAAGAAACAGCUGCAAGAAGACGAGAAAAGGAUUAUCAGUGACGAGCACUGGUACCUGGACCUGCCCGAACAACGCACGCAAGAGAACAUGAUCGUGGAGGAGAAAAGUUUUGUCCCGUUCGAGGGUCUUCUGUACGGCCGAAUGUCCUUCCGCGGUUUCAACCCCGAAGUGGAGAAACUGAUGGCGCUGAUGAAUCCUACCACCGGGCAACGGCAAGCCGACCCCGCUGACGUUGGUCGCAUGCAGACGGACGUGACGGAUGAAGAGAUGGCGCUCAGGUACGAGAGUUUAGUGGGAAGCCUGAAGAAGAAGUUUGCUCGCAAGCGAGACCGAAACGCCAUCCCAGACGCAGACGACAACCUCGACGUCAACCAAAACGCGCUGGAGAACAAAAACAAGAAAAGGUUCCUUAAGCCUUCCGAUUGACGCACACGGAUGUUUUGUUUUUUUUAAAGACAUUUUUUUCCUUUUUUAAAAAAAAAAAACUUUGAAGGAGCUUGAACUUG